AUGAGCUUCUUUGGUCUUCAGCCGCCGGCGCCGUUUCUUCCAUUGCCGGGGGACCCAGAGUUGCCAUGGGAGCAGUGGCGCAGCAUGUUUUUGAACUACUUGGCUGCCAUUACCGACACUACGUUCACGGGCCCGAGGAAGAAGGCGGUGUUGUUGCACUGUUUGGGUGCAGAAGGGCAACGGAUCUUUCAGGCUUUGGAGACGGCGACUGUUGUCAUGAAAGAGGGCGAGGGAGACGGGAAAGAUGGUGGCAAGGACGAGAGCAAGCAGAGUGAAGUGUUGGAACAAGCGUUGCAGAUCCUGGACAAGAGGUUUGGAAGUGCGCCGAACGUAGCCGUUCUUCGCCACCGGUUUCGUGCGAGACGACAGCAGCCUGGAGAGUCAACGCAAGCGUUCGUCGGAGAACUAAGAUGCCACGCAGCGAAAUGUCAGUAUGGGACAUUUGAAGAUGAUGCCGUCAGGGACCAAUUACUGGAAGGCACUGUGGUCCCGGGACUACGGGAGCGACUACUUAUAGAAGGCGGACGGUUAUCACUGAGUGCUGCGGUGACGUUGGCAACUACGUACGAAGAGAGCAUAAAGGCCGCCAAAGAGUUUCAGCAGUCUGGUGAAGUACAAAAAGUUGACAAGUACCGGCAGCAGGAGAGAAGGAAAGGGAAAUGGCCGCAAAAGGAAGCCAAGGGCGCAGACCGACAACCAACGGGGGGUCCUAAACCAACAUUACAACGUGCCGGUAAGCAAUUGGCAUGUUAUCGUUGUGGAAAAAUUGGUCAUUUCGCCAAUGACGGAAAUUGUAGAGCCAUAGAUAAGAAAUGCAGAGGAUGUGGAAAGAUUGGACAUCUUAUCAAGGUCUGCCGAAAUUCAAAGACUAUUAACGCAAUUCAGUCAAACGACGAGGAUAUCGCUGUAUUAAGAAUUGGGGACGGACAUGCGAAUGAGGUGUAUGCCGAAGUUAUUGUGGAAGAUGUCUCCAUGAGAUUAACUGUCGACACUGGGUCAGCGGCUUCGUUAAUGCGUCAAGAUGUGUACAAGGUCAAUUUCGAGCGGAAGUACCCGUUGGCACCACCGCCGCGCAAGCUGGUGAAUUACAGUAAUCAGAAGAUAUCUGUUACGGGCUGCUUCGAAGCUAAGGUUGUGUUCAAGGACAAAGUGGGGACGAUUUUGUUCUAUGUUGUACCAAGGGGAACAACCUUGCUGGGACGUGAUGCCGUCCGGGUGUUGAACAUAUGCAUUGAGGGCAAGUCGUUGCAGUGUUUGAGUAUCGAUGGGACUAAUGAGAGUGUCUUGCCGCCAGAUCUAAGAAGAGAGUUCGGACAGUUGUUUGAGAAACGCAUUGGUUUUGCAAAAGGAUUUAUGCAUAAAGUGCAUGUGAAGGCUGAUGUCAAGCCUGUAGCACAGAAGUUGCGUCGGCUACCGCUGGCGUUGAGAGACAGGGUGUCCAAAGAACUGAAUAAGCUCGAAAGUGAAGGCAUCAUUGAAAGGGUUGAUGCAUCGCCGUGGGUGUCACCAAUUGUGGUGGUUCAGAAGCCGGACGGUAACAUUCGACUUUGUGUCGAUCUGAGGGAGCCCAACAAAGCGAUAGUAGCUGAUGCGUACCCGUUGCCUACAGUGGAGGAAUUGCUGAAUUCUUUAUCAGGAGCGAACUAUUUUGCAAAAUUGGAUUUGGCGUCAGCAUAUUAUCAAGUUGAUCUGAGUCAGGAAAGUCGUGCGCUGACAACAUUUAUCACACAUGAGGGACUGUUCCGGUUUCGGCGUGUGUGUUUUGGACUAGCGUCGGCACCAUCGGUGUUCCAGAAACUGAUGUUGCAGCUUCUUCGAGACUGCCAAGGAGUCGUUGUGUACUUGGACGAUGUUGUGGUGUUCGGCAGUGAUCGGGAAGAAUACCGGAGAAAUUUGCGAAGGGUCUUGAAGAAAAUAGCGGAGGCUGGACUAACCCUUAACAGGAAGUGUGUAUUCGACAGGCAGGAAAUUCAGUUCCUCGGGCACCAGUUGUCUUCCGGUGGAAUUCGGCCUCUGCAAUCGAAAAUUGAUGCUGUCAUGCAAGCCCCAGCGCCCAAAAAUCAAGAAGGACUCCGUGCAUUCAUAGGACUUACUGGUUAUUAUGCCCGCUUCGUACCUCGCUACGCGCAUGUGGUGGAACCCCUGCGUAGACUUCUACGUAAAGGUGCGUCGUUUGAGUGGAAUAAGGAAGCGGACGAAGCCUUCAGGAGAGUCAAACAGCUUCUAGGAGCAGCAGGGGUACUGCGUCCUUUCGACCCUAAGUUGCCAGUUAUUGUAACAACGGACGCCUCUAGCUGUGGAGUUGGAGCGGUGUUGCAGCAGCGAGACGAGAAGAGCCUGCACACAGUAGCUUUUGCAUCGAGGACCUUGUCCACUGCAGAACGGAACUAUUCGACAGGUGAGCGAGAAGCGCUCGCUUGCAUCUGGGCUUGUGAGCGAUGGCAUGUUUACCUCUGGGGGAGACACUUUACACUUAGGACUGAUCAUCGCGCGCUGGUCACUCUUCUGUCAACCCGAGGGCAGGGACAUCGACCUCUGCGGAUUGUGCGCUGGACAGCCAGACUCCUGAAUUACCACUACACGGUCGAAUAUAAGAAGGGCUAUGAAAACGUCAUAGCCGAUGCCCUGUCUAGGCUGCCUCUGUCCAACAGCGAGGAAACAAAAUUCGAUGAGGAGGUAGUUUCAUGGGUAACUACCUGUCUGACAAAGGCAGAAGUACAGCGAGCAACGGAGCAGGAUGACCUGUUGAAGAAAGUUAUCACAUACAUCAGGACGUCUUGGCCAGUGAAGCGGAGUGUGUCUACAGAGGAAGAACCGUUCUAUCAGGUACGGGAGGAACUGUCCGUAGUUGAUGGUCUUGUGUACAGGGGUGAAAGACUAGUGGUUCCAAAACAGUUGUCGAGAAGGAUCAUUUCCCAAGCUCAUCAGGCUCACCAAGGGAUGGCAAAUGGAUUGAUAGAACGGUUUAAUCGUGUUCUGAAAGAUCAAGUGCAGCUUGCAGUUUUGCAAGGGAAGCCAGUGACGGAGGUAGUACAGCAGGGUCUGCUGGCAUUUCGGUGCACGCCGCAUGCUACAACGGGAUGUGCUCCAGCAGUGCUCUUGCACGGCCGAAUGCCUCGGACGAAGUUGCACGUGCUUGGCAUAGCAGUGCCUUCAACCCCUCCCGGAGUUGAUCUACGUCGGAAGGAUCGUCGGGUGUGGAAUGCAUCAAAGUUAGCACUAUACUCUCGGCCUGUCUCUACGGAUGCAGCCUGUUCGUCAGAGCUGUUGUCGCCUGCCAUCUACAGUGGGGUGCAAGAUGUAUUGUGUGGUGAUGUGCAAGCAGCUCAAGAACCUGAAGGACCAACCAACAUAGACACGGGGAGUGAUGUCCAGACCCCAGAGCCAGUGCCUCCAGCUACUUCUACUGAGGAGGGGGAUGAGGAUGCAAAUGUGCAGGGAACUGUACCCGAGGGACAGCACACAAGUCGACCUCGGAGAGUGCGACGACCCCCAGCGUAUCUCCGUGAUUAUGUUUUGGAUUAG